AUGUGCAUCAAGGCAGCACCUACGGCAAAGUCCACUGACUGCAUCCAAUAUUCCCUUUGGUGGUGGGCAUCCAGAGCUAAAUUCGGCUAUCCUGUGCAAUUCACCACCCUGCGAAUCUAUUACUUUGAUGAAUGGGAUGAUUUUAAGUCCGAAUGGUGGAUGGCUUGGCACUUGGUGGAUGGCGCCAACUAUGAGGUUCCCAAGUACUUGAAGGAGAAAAACUACAUACCAACGAACUGGAAGAGUCAUUGCGUGCCGGGUUCGAAUUCAAUGGGAGAUGACUACAUGCUCCAUGACUUUAGUGAAGACGACUCGCGUCAACCAGAAUCGGUUCUUAAACUUGUGUCUCCGCACCAAUCAUACUACCACGGCGACUGGCUCAAACUUUUCCUCUUUUUCUACAACCUCUGCUACUGCCUGCGAGGUGUCAAAACUGACCGAACCUGCCCAAACGCCUGCUGGCGACCGCAAGUUUGCACAAAUGACACCAAUUCAGUGCACAUUUGUAGGCCAAUACGCGAUCCCUCAGCCGCCGAGGCUCUCCAUCCGGCGAGGAAAAGCCGAUUUGCCGAGAUCUACUCCAUCGGCUACGAGUGUAUCUGUCGAAGCGGCUUCAAGUUCAGUCAAAAGCACAAAAAAUGCAUUCAACGUGAUCCCACAAACGAAGCCCUCGGUUACAUAUGCGCUUGUUCAAAGGGCUACGAGCCAAGUAGCCAGAUGGAUCCGACCUGUGUCAACAUCAACGAGUGCCACAACGAUGAUGCCAAUCCCUGUCUUAACGGCGGAGUCUGUCACGACCUCAUUCCACCACCCAUGGCGCAGGCAAACCAUGGUGAAGAACUUCGAUUCCGCUGCGAGUGCAAAUUCGGUUUCACGGGCACGUUGUGUGAGAAGCCGCCAUCACAACUGGCAUGGUCGGAGUGGAGCAAGUGGGGCACGUGCUCGGUUACCUGUGGCAUCGGCACUCGAACUCGCACCCGCACAUGUCCAAGGCCAGGCGAAUGUCUCGGUAAGCCUGAGCAGAUUGUGAUUUGCUCUGGAGUCGUACCAUCUUGCGAAAACGCCAAAAACAUCACAUCUGAAGAUGGCAAAUUGAACGUUGCCUUCAAGUCGGAGAUGGAGAAGCUACGAGAUGCUGGUGUUUUGUGGACAGAAGAGGAGGACAACUUGUUGGAUGAUGCAUUCACAUGGUCUGAGCAACAGUAUGAUGUGAAGAGGGUGAGGAAAAAAGGCACACAAAGCGUUUACCAGUUGUUUAGUCAAUGGGCGGACGUAACGCGUUGGAUAUCUCUGUUUGGUAUCGCUCACCGAAUGACCUUGCAGCAAAUUGCCCUCAUCACUGGCACCUUGGCCCUCACCUCAAUAAGUGUGUUCAGCAUUUUUGUCAUGAUGGUCACCUUUUGCCAGCCUAUCGGCUUUGCUCUGCGACGCGGGGAGACUUCUCACUAA